AUGAACGAGAAUUUGGUAGCCACCAAAGGCAAAAAAAGAACACACGCCAAACUCCCUUUCUCGCCCAAACCUCGACAUCCCCUCUCACCGAAAUCCUUAUGCUAUAACCCCGCCAUCUCCUCCUCCCAAGCUCUACUCAACUUUCCUCACUCCUUCAUAACCUCUACAACAGCCCUCAACACUAGUCACCUCUCUCCGUACCUCAUAAACCCAUACAAACAAACUUUCAUGGCCACCCACAUAAGUGUCCGUUCCGGGCUUGAAAAUCGAAAAUUCUUGCAACACCUUGUCACAACUUGA